GAUGGAUACUAAACAAUUAAUAGAGGAUCCACGCAAGGAGGUUGAGCCUAUCGACAACAGAGAGGAUAUUCCUCCUCCUCCGUACAGUACAGGAGAGGCUCCUGGGACAUCACCUCCACUCCAACAACAAUAUGGCCAACCAGGGCAUCCAUAUGGCCAACCAGGGCCUCAAUACGACCAACCAGGAGCUCAGUAUGACCAACCAGGGGCCCAGCAAGGGCCUCAAUAUGGCCAACCAGGACCUCAAUACGACCAACCAGGAGCUCAGUAUGGCCAACCAGGGGUUCAGCAAGGGCCUCUAAAUGGCCAAACAGUGGUUCAACAAGUGCCUCAAUAUGUACAUCAAAAAGGUCAAGGAUAUGGUCAACAAGUGCAAGCCAUGGAUCCACCACCUGCGUAUCCUGUGACAAACCAGACUGUGAUCACAACUCAACCAACACAAACAGUUAUCUUACAGAAUUCCCCACCACCACCAGACCACCUUGUCUGGUCUAUUGUGACAACACUGUUCUGUUGCUUGUGUCUUGGUAUCCCAGCCAUUGUGAUGUCCAUUCAGUCAAGAAAUUAUGCCCAUGAUGGAGAUAUGGGGAAUGCUAGGCAGAAAAGUAACACUGCCAGAACCCUCAAUGCUGUUGGUUUAGCCAUUGGAAUUAGUUCCUAUGUUGCCGUUUUGGUCCUGAGAUUUGUUGUAGGAUUGGAAUAUAACCUCAAUCACUACUAGAACCAAGGGUGUACACAGUAUCAAACAUUAGGUGAGGCAAGUUCGGCAAAUUAAGGCAAAUGAGGCACAUUUCUACCUUUGAAUUCAUUUCCAUUGAAUUAAUCGGAAGAAAUGUCUGAAAUAUAUACUUCUGUUAAAUGGUGUGGAGGCAGUUUCCUCGCCUGCCUUAUGCCUGGCUUCUUCUCCUAAGGAAGGCCUCACCCAUUGGAUUUUCAAACAUACUCUAUUUCCACUUGAUAAAUGUAAUAUAAAGGACUAGCUUUGUUUAUAUCAAUGAAGAAAUAUACAAUAGAAUAUGCUUUACUAUAUCAUUAUGUAUAGUAUUUUAAAAUUAAUCUUAAGACCGGCCACAGGUCAGAAUGACCUAGCAGUGAUUAACUAUAACUAUUAUGCACUAUUCAUAGCAUUAGCUGUUAGAAACCAUUUGUGAAGUGACAAUGAUAAUAUUAAUUUUUAAUAUACAUUGUAGAUUCAAAUAUUCAAGUGUGUUUCAGCAAAUCAGCUUGGAGUAUGUCAGUGCAUUAAUUCAAGGUAUAUGGUCAACUGAGCAGAAAUAUUAUUUUACAGUGCAUUAUGGUUCCAUAAAGAACUCAAUGACAUUAUUGGAGAGAGUCAUCACAGUGCAACUUAUGGUUUCAACUGGACGAUGUCAUUUUUAUGAAAGGAGUGAU